AUGGCCCGAUUUUAUAUUAUAUUGGCAGUAUUACUAAGCUGUGGACUCCAUCAUGCUUUGGGCUCUGCUCGAUUGAUCAAUAAUGGAUAUGAAGAUGUUGUUAUUGCUAUUAGCAAUUCAGUAAGCGAGAGGCAAUUUCCUAAUUUAUUAGAUCAAAUUCAACGUAUAUUUACUGAAUCAUCAUCGAGGUUAUAUACGGCAUUUCGACGUCGAGCUUACUUUCGAUAUAUUACAAUUGUAAUUCCACGCUCGUGGGAAGAUAAUGCCAAGUAUGAGCCAGCGACCAAACAAUCUUUCCAUACCGCUGAUUUUCGAAUUGAUCAUGAUACAGUAAGUAUUAAUGGAAAAUGUUCCGGUAGAGCCUUAGUUAGAACUAUUGGUGGUUAUCAAUGCGGAAAAUCGAAUGACUAUAUUGAAAUGACACCGAAUAGUUUUUGUCCAAGCAAUGGAGCUUUUCCUUUUCUCGGUAAAAAUAUCGUUCGUCAAUGGGCUCGCUAUCGUUAUGGAAUCUACGAUGAAGAAAGUAAAGGGUCUAAAUUAUUAUAUCGAGAUCAUGAAGAAAAUCGAUUCAAACCAAUUCAAUGUUCUAGAUCAUUAAAGGUUCAUAUUGUAGACAUGUAUAACAAAACAUGCAGCUACAACCCAGUGUCUGGCUCUGGUCUUAAAGUUGGGUGCCGUAUCGUCGUUGCUCGUUCAAGUCUAGCUGCUGGAUCUAUCAUGUAUGAGUAUCGAGUUGAUGGAAUCGAACAUUUUUGUGAUGAUGGAGGAAAAGAUGCAGCAAACGCUAGAACUCGCCAUAACCCGAUCCCCUCAACUUAUCAAAAUAUUUAUUGCGAUAGCAAAAGCGUUUGGACAGUUAUUAAACGUCAUCCAGAUUUUGUUAAUGAUAAAAAUCCCCCAGCCAAUAUUAGAUCUACCAUACCCAAAUUUCGAUUUGUUAAAUCAGAGCCAUUGCGUAUUGCUAUGGUAUUGGAUAAAUCGGGUAGCAUGAGCGGAAGAAAUAUGCAGCUAUUAUCACAAGCAGCUAUAAAUGUUAUUGCACAAUCAAGAAAUUUUGAUGGAAAAUUAGGGAUCGUAACAUUUAGCACGAAUGCGACAGUUACUUGCCCACUUACGGCCGGCGAAAGUGAUCAAGAAAAAAAUAAAUUAAUAAACUGUUUACCAUCAGAGGCUGAAGGGGAAACUAGCAUUGGCAGCGGUAUUCUUAAAGGCAUUGAGCUUUUACGUAAAUCAAAGGAUGGACGAAAACCUAGCGGUGGCCAUUUAAUAGUUAUGAGUGAUGGACAAGAAAAUUAUCGACCUUAUAUUGAAAAUAUAAUGACCAAUAUUACUGAAAAUGAAAUCGUUAUAACCAGCAUAUCACUGGGACAACAUGCUUCAGAAAACCUAGAAGACUUAUCUAAAUUGACCGGCGGAUUAUCCUAUUUCGCAUCUACUAAUAGCACUUUGACAUUAAUCAACGCAUUUACGACAAUUGUUAGUAAUUUAGUUGGACCGGAUAAUAUUAAAUACACAACACCAAUUCAGAUAUAUAGUGAAGAAGUCAUUGCAAGACCUGGUAAAUCAUAUCGAGAUUCUGCACUACUGGAUCGAUCGAUUGGAGAUAACGCACAGUUUACUUUUACCUGGGAAUUGCGCCAGAUCAACGUUAUUUUAACCUCUCCAUUAGGGAUUAAUUAUACUUCUACUUCACCAGAAUAUACUGUAUACAAACAGCAAAAAUUAAUCAGAAUUACAAUAGCUAAAGCCCAGUCCGGUAGAUGGAAGUACACUAUUGAAGAUAAGUUAUCAAGGCAAAUGCGAGACUUGAGAGCUAUUGAUCAAUCUCAAAGCGUUAGUGUUACGGUAUCAGCAUUGUCUAAAGCUCAAAGUAGUAAUAAUGAAUCCAUUGCUGCUAAAGGAGUGGUUACCAUUGAAGUUAAACUUAACAAAGAGAAAAUUCAAUAUCCAGAUGUACCUAUCGUUUAUGUUGAAGUUAAACUUGGUCAUUUAGCAGUAUUAAAUUGCUCUGCGGUUGUGAAAGUAACUGUACCUAAUCAGUCUAAAAAUUACAUCCUCCGCGUUCGAGAUGAUGGUGCCGGUGCGGAUAUUACCGCAAAUGAUGGAAUCUAUUCUGCUUAUAUGACGAAGCUUGAUGGCAAUGGACGUUAUGCUUUGCUUGGAAUGGUAAACGCAAAUGCAAAUCAAUCCUAUAUCGAUACAAAUUAUAAUUUCGGUGCUAGGAAUACGAUAGAUAAUCAAGCAGAUAUUAAGAAUUCAUCCUCAGCUAGGCAGAUCGAAUAUGUAUAUGCAUUUUCUAGAGUGAAAUCAGGCCCUUUAUUGGAAGUUUCACAUUAUUCGUUAGGUACGGAUCAAUUGCCGCCGGCUCGUAUACAUGAUCUUCUUGCAAUCGAGACGAUAUCUAAGAAUAAAAGUGUAAUAUUGAAAUGGACUGCAACAGGCAAUGACUUAGAUCAAGGCACAGCUGAAGGCUAUGAAAUUCGGUAUGCUAGUACAAGCUUGGAGCUGGAGCAAUUCAGAAACAAUUUUGCAACUGGCCAAAUUGCAUCAUUUCAGUCUUUAUUAGCAACGCCUAAUGCAACUAAUGUAACGAAACCUAAACCAGCUGGUUCAACUGAAGAGAUGAUAGUUGCUUUAGAUGAAGUUAAAUAUGGGAGAACUUACAUGAUUGGUUUAAUAGCAUAUGACAAGAGUUUGCAAUCAAAAGUAUCUAAUUACGUGUACGGAGUAUUUCAACACGUGUUUCAACCCUUCCAAUUUCAAAUUAAAAUCGAGCAUCAUCAUCUUGGAAUCUUGAAAAUAAGUUGGAAAACAGCAUGUAGCAGCUGUACUAAUAGUAUUGGUAAAUAA